AUGGACAGAACCAAAGUGCCCCCGCUGAGCCCCCUGGACCUGCCCAUGUCCCUGUUGGAGAUGGGCUGCUCUGGAAGCUUUGAGCUGAUCACACACCCCACACCGGGGCUGCCGUUACCCCCUCUCACCACGCUUCCCCACGGUCUGCCUCCCACGAAUCUGACCUUAGAGAAGGAAGUAGAGAAGCAGUUCUUACGUGACCCUGCCUGGCUGCCCAUCCACGACACAGACUUCUGCUUCCAAAAGUUUCUUAAACUUUCAAAGAGGGACGUUAAUGUGGACUCACUUUUUAACUGUGCCGCUGCUCCUCUUCACUCCGGUCUGUCUGUGGUUCGAGACCCGACCACCGGAAUGCUCCUGGACUUCACAGAGGUAUUGCUUGAAAACACGGACCUCUCUGCCAAGAACUCUCUGUCGUUACAACGGCAGCCCGGGCCUCCGUCCGAGAGCCUUCGCGGGAGCAACACCAGCUUCCCUUUCCUCCCGGGAGGGAUGGAGGAGCUCACUCUGGACCAGAUUAAAAAGAAGUCUGAGUUGGAGGAAGAUAUCGACUUUGAAAACGAUUUACUCAAAGUGGCUCCAGGACUGAAAACUGGGAUGGACUUCACGGAAAAAGAAGUCAAAGUAGCAAAGCCAGAAGUCAACCUCAUGUCGCUGCUGUCCUCGUACGACGGAAUCUCUGACUUCCAUCGCGACGUUGAGGAGAAAGAAGAAACGAAAGACGCAAAAGAGGCUCCGACGUUACCGAGAACAAACAGCCUGGAAGACCUCGGCAUCAGGGAUAGCGUCUCGCCGUCUGCUUCGUCAGAACAGAACAAAGAUGAUAAAUCUAAAGAAAACCCAGAGGAGAAGAAGAAAUGGGCCAUUCCUGUCAACAUCAGCGCCCCCUGUGACGACUUCUAUAAACGCAUCCCCAACCCGGCGUUCAAGUGGCCGUUUGAGCUGGACGUGUUCCAGAAGCAGGCCAUCCUCAGACUGGAGGCCCACGACUCUGUGUUCGUCGCUGCCCACACUUCAGCCGGGAAAACGGUGGUCGCCGAGUACGCCAUCGCCCUGUCCCAGAAGCACAUGACACGAACCAUCUACACGUCGCCGAUCAAGGCCUUGUCCAAUCAGAAGUUCAGAGACUUCAAAACCACGUUUAAAGACGUGGGUCUCCUGACAGGGGACGUGCAGCUCAGCCCAGAGGCGUCCUGUCUCAUCAUGACCACAGAGAUCCUGCGGUCCAUGCUGUACAACGGCUCGGAGGUGAUCCGGGACCUGGAGUGGGUCAUAUUCGAUGAGGUUCACUACAUCAAUGACGCUGAGAGAGGUGUUGUCUGGGAGGAAGUGUUGAUCAUGCUGCCGGACCACGUCAGCAUCAUUCUGCUCAGUGCCACGGUCCCAAACGCUCUGGAGUUCAGUGACUGGAUCGGUCGCAUAAAGAAGAGACACAUUUAUGUGAUCAGCACUUUGAAAAGACCGGUGCCUCUGGAGCAUUAUCUGUACACAGGAAACAGCACCAAGACCCAGAAGGAACUGUUCCUGCUGCUGGACGCCACUGGGAACUUCCUCACCAAAGGAUAUUAUGCAGCUGUUGAUGCCAAAAAGGAGCGCACGAGUAAACACGCCCAGUCGUUCGGGACCAAGGGCACAAAUCAGAGCACUACAGCCAGUCAGGUAAUGUCUCAAAAGUCAGGUAAUGUCUCAAAAGUCAGGUAA